GCUCUGGGGCUUGCAUAAACAGUUAACAAAAACACGGCGCACGAGGCAGCCGUUUCGCUUUCUGUGCUUGUUCUUGGCGCCGGGUCAGUUCUGUGAACUUCUGGUGUCCAACUGGUAGGACCUGAAACUCUGUGUUUAACAAGUGCCUGUCGUCAAAACAGUUGGCGUGUGCAGGCUCGGAUCGCUGGGACCGACUUGCAGCUGGUCAGCCGGCAGGCCCUGGACCGUGCAGAACCCCGAAUCCGGGGCUCUGUUUCGGGGUUGCGCUUUGUUGGUGUUUAGUUGUGGGGGCUUUUUCUCCUCCCCUUUUUUUUUUUUUUCCUUUUCGGUGAUGGCAUGCGUGCUAAUGUGGAUCGCUUCAGGUUCCAAAAGUACAACAUGUUUACACUCCUCGUAGAAUCAGAUCGAGUUGCCAGCCUGAGUCUCUCUAAACGGGGAUGCUUGAGAGUUUUCUGUUCUAACGGUGGAAAGUGAAAUCCAUUUCUGCAGUUAGAGAAACGGCAGAGGCUGUGCAGCCGAGGGUUAUUUUAGCUCUUGGAAAUUCAUUUCUCCGCGAGGUCAUUUGAUAACAUUCCGGAGCACACUCUCCAGCCGCAGAUAUCAGAUACCCCGAUAAUUGCUUUAGGACGGGUUGUUUUCCUUUGGUCGGUCACAAACGGAGUAAAAUGAAACAGUGACACAUACAUUCAACAGAACCCACAAGGGUAAGAGGCCAAAGGAGAAAGUAAGCUGAGAAAAGGCGUUGGUUCCUCCAGGGCUGUGGCGCGGAGUCCUACCGUUCCAGACCAGCCGCUUGUGCACUUGGAGGCCCUCUCACUCUCGGGCUCCAGGCCGGCGGGAUUUGCCCGUCAUCCCAGAUCUGGAGACCGUCCCACCUUGAUGAGAAGGCUGCGUCCGAUCUACGGUUAUGUCAGAGGAGGAGCAUCAGACACUACAGUAACCACGGCGAUGCGGAGAUUCAUCUGUGACUCAUUCCUGCACAUGUGCGUGUCUAGAACCAGGCGCCGUCUCUUUGUCUGGCUGCGUAGUCAAAGGAAAGACAACGAGAGAAAGAGAGAAUAUAUUCGAGAGUCACGAGAGAGGCUGAGUUCGCUUUCGUGUGUCCUGUGAUGAUUCUCAGCUGACUUCAGCAGCCCACCUGUCUUGAGGGAGACUGUUACACGGCCUGACUCAGCUUUUAAACCUCUGUUGCUUGUCUGAUCCCAUUGACUCCUCCCAACAGCCCUGGAGGGGGCAGAGAGAAGACACGGUUCAAUGUGCAGGCCGCCUCCCUCUCCAGCAUCUCCGCCCUCCAACUCCAGGACGUCCCUGGUCCAGGUGAAAACGAAGGCCUGUCUCAGCGGCCAUAACUCUGCCAGCAGCAUCUCAAAGCCAUUCAAAACGCCCAAAGACAAUCUACUUACCUCCAGCAGCAGACAGCACACGGUCUUUUCUGCGAAAGGAUCAAGGGACAAACCAUGCGUUCCGGUUCCUGUAGUCAGUUUAGAGAAAAUUCCUAACCUAGUGAAGGCAGAUGGUGCCAAUGUCAAAAUGAACUCUGCAACCACUGCUGCGGUCACGUGCUACUCCAAUUCAUCCUCUGCCAUCUCUACCCCACCUUUAAUUAAGGCGGUCUUGAUGUCCAAGUCAGUGCCACCUUCCCCAGAGAAGAUCUUAAAUGGCAAAGGAAUUCUAUCCGCCACAGUAGACAAGAAACACCAAAAUGGCACCAAAAACAACAACAAGCCUUACAGGAGAGUUUCAGAGAGAGAAUUUGACCCAAAUAAACACUGUGGAGUGUUGGAUCCCGAGACAAAGAAACCUUGCACAAGAUCCCUCACCUGCAAGACACACUCGCUAAGCCAUCGGAGGGCAGUCCCGGGCCGGAAAAAGCAAUUUGACCUCCUUCUGGCAGAACACAAAGCCAAGUCUCGGGAAAAAGAAGUUAAAGAUAAAGAGCAUCUCCUGGCUUCAGCAAGGGAAGUACUUCCAAACCAGUCCGGGCCAGCUCCGGACUCCCUGCCAGGACCUUCAGGGAGCUCUGGACCAGAACCUAAAGUCGCAUCCCCUGCAAAAUCCAGGCCACCUAACUCUGUGCUUCCCAGACCAUCAUCUGCAAAUAGCAUAAGCAGCAGCACGUCUUCAAAUCACAGCGGCUACACUCCGGAGCCCCCUCUGCCCCCAGUUGGAGGUGACCUCGCCAGCCGACUGUCGAGUGAUGAAGGGGAGAUGGACGGUGCCGACGAAUCGGAGAAGUUAGACUGUCAUUUCUCCACCCACCACCCCAGACCUCUUGCAUUUUGCUCGUUCGGGAGUCGCCUCAUGGGACGAGGGUACUAUGUGUUUGAUAGAAGAUGGGAUCGUUUUCGGUUCGCACUAAACUCCAUGGUAGAAAAACACUUGAAUUCACAGAUGUGGAAGCACAGAAACCCGAGCCACAGGGCGUCAGGUCCCUCCCCCCUUUUCAGGACUUGCCUAACCAAUCUGCUGUCACUGAGCAACAUUGGGGCUGCCUGGGUGUCAACUCUGGAGAGCGUAGCACCCCGCUGCCCUCUCAACCUCGCUGCCCAAACCCCAGGCCCCAACGGGCCGGAACCUGGAGGGAUGGCAGCCGAUGGGGGCGUGGAAGACAUUAGGAAGAAAAGGAACAGCCAAGACUCUUUUUUCUUUAACAAGCAUUUAACUCUGCAUCAGGAGACGCCAACACAGUAUUCUCUUUCAGCCAGGAAGAUUCCUCCCGCGGUGGAUAGCCCCAUGGCCUCGCCGGCAGCCCACAUCGCUUCCCCCGUCGCCACGUCCGUUUUACAGCCCUUCAGCUCCCCCAGUGCUGUGUACAUCCCUUCAGCUCCCAUCAGCUCAAGACUCACCUCUUCUUACAUCAUGACAUCCGCCAUGCUCUCAAACGCAGCUUUCGUGGCAUCGCCGGACCCCAGCGCCCUCAUGUCACACACCGCGGCUUUCCCUCACGUGGCUGCAACCCUCAGCAUCAUGGACUCAACCUUCAAGGCCCCAUCCGCCGUGUCCCCGAUACCAGCCAUCAUCCCUUCCCCAUCCCACAAGCCAUCCAAAACCAAAACCAGCAAACCCUCAAAAGUCAAGGACCUGUCCGCCCGUAGCGACGAGCCUCCAAGUAACAAAAAGAGGAAGCCGCAGUCUUCGACUUCCUCCUGCUCCUUACCCUUGCAGACACCCCUCUCGUCUCCACUAUCAGGGCCCCACAAAAAGAACUGUGUCUUGAAUGCCAGUUCAGCUUUGAACUCCUACCCAGCGGGCCCUCCCUAUAACAGUCUGUCUGUGCACAACUCCAACAACGGGGGGAGCCCACUCAGUGCCAAACUGGAGCCCUCAGGACGGACCUCGCUGCCCGGCGGCCCCGUGGACCUCGGGAGGCACGUGGGCUCGGUGGGUGGCAGCGGGGACUCCUGUCCCCUCUCCGUGCCCUCCCUUGCAGGGGACCUCUCUCUGGCCCCCCACAAUGCCAUGUCUUCUCUGCCCCUCUCUUUUGACAAAUCAGAAGGAAAAAAGCGUAAGAACUCGAGUUCUAGUAGCAAAGCCUGUAAAAUUACUAAAAUGCCGGGUAUGAAUAGUGUUCACAGAAAGAACCCGCCCAGCCUUCUCGCACCGGUGCCCGAUCCUGUUAACAGCACCUCCUCUCGGCAGGUUGGGAAAAAUAGCAGCCUAGCUCUGUCGCAAUCCAGUCCUUCAAGCAUAUCCAGCCCAGGACACAGCCGACAGAAGACCACAAACAGAACGGGCAGGAUAAGGACUCUUCCAUAACAAGACAAUGAAGCCACUUCCAAACCAAUGCCUGGCCACCCGCUCCCACCCUGGGAGGCCGAGGGAGAGGCGGGGGGAGCGGGCAGGGGGAAGAGUCUCUUUCCUGUGGCUCUGCCUUUCUUCUCUUUUUAAUUGACCAAUUUUUAGUUUUGAAGAAAAAGAAAAAGGCAAAAGAACGUGAAAUUGAGAUUUACAGAAAACUAUACCAGUGUUUGGUUUCCGUUGUCUUUCAUUUGCCACGUGUACACAUUCUUCCAAGGUCAGGUCACUCCUCUGGCUUCCCAUCCUCCCGCUGCACCUUCCGGGCGCUCUGGCCCGCAAGCGGACCCUGCAGAAUGUCAGUCCCUGUUGGCAUCGUCUGAAACUUCAACUUCAGCACACGCAGCGCCCUUUCCUUGUCGUCUCCCGCCCAUCUUUUCCAUCCUCUCUGACCUGGCACCCACUGGGUCCCCACUGGCCAUGAGAAGGAGCUGGCUCUCACAGGCUCCCUGAUGGACAGUGUGCUGGGGGGAGGGGAUUUGCUGGGAGGAGCCCGUGUCUGGGGAGCCCACAGCACAGAGCUGGAGGGUGGACCGAAUGCCCUCAGCAGGUCUGUGGUGCAGCUGGCGGAAGCCAGAUGCUAUGGGGAAAAUUGAGAACAGCAGCCGUUUAUUGAUGAGGUUGACCCAAUACCACUGUCCAGCUGUGCAGCUCAGAGAGGAUAUACUGGGUCAGGGACAGGGGCUGCAACGGGCCUGGGAGGAGGUGGCAGGAAGCAGAGAUGAGGGUAGGGGAAGACAUCCCUUAGAAGAUGUGGGAACUGGGUGACUGUGGUAAUCUGAGCUUGUUGGAAAUCCAUGCUGCAAAAUCCCUUCCAGGGAGCUGUGCACAAGGACCCCAAGCUGGACGAGCCAGAGAGGGAGGAAUCCCAGGGGAAACCCAGGGCACGAGACCCCAGGAGGCCACUCAGGAAGAGGCCCGGUGCCCACAGCUGUGGGAGUUCUCAGGGUGCCCUCCCGGGCUAGGCGAGAGGAGAAAAAGCAGGGAAGGAAGGAAGGUUCUGGGGGAAAGCUUCCACCGGGGGUUAAGUGUCAGACUGCUGGUGAGGACAAAUACUAGCAUCGCCCACCCACCUCCGUGCCCGGGACCACAGGGCCCACGGCAUCAGCACCUCCAUAGAUCAGCUUGUGCUGGGUCAGCAGAGGCCCCGGCUCAGGUGCAGUCACCCCUGGAGGGAGUGGUGAGGCCAAGCCAUCGCUGAGUGGGGAAGAGCCCAAAGAGAGGAGCUGGGGGCCUGCAGCUCUGAAAGCAUCCACACUGGAGUUUUGACGGAAAGCAAUACCGUGAGCUCGGAUAGGGAAUCAAUCAGGAGAGGAAAUCACAAUAUGAAAUAGAGGUGCUGCGCUAUGAAGCACGUAAUUCUGCAUCCGAUGCAACGGCAGGGGCAUCGGUGGUUUUGCUUCAUCCCUAAACCGGAAAUGAAUGCCGGUUUUGCAGCCGGACACAAACUCUCAUCCCCAUCCUGAAGUUUUCCUUUUCUUUCCCAUCCCCCACAACCCAAAGAUCAGACUACUGUUAAGUUUCGCCACACGAUUGGAUUUUGCAAAGACGGGAGGCCGACGGAGUGAAUUGCAUCAAUGGAGUUGCACUGACCAUGUUUCUUAUAGGAUACUAAAAUUUUUAAUAUAAAAUGAAGAUUUUUUUUAAAAAAAUCAGGAGUCGCUGUUAGGUACCAGGACAUUAGUUCAGAUGAUUUCAUUUUUAUUUCCACAGUGUUAAAAGUGCACUUAUAUGCUGGUUUAUUUACGUCUUGGGAAAAAGAGACUGCAAAUUGAAGGGAAGAUUCUUACGUUUUCUUUUUUUAAAAAAAAGGUUAAGGCAGAUUUUAAGACUUAUAAAUGUUUAAGAAAUUAUAAACAAGGUUAGACCCUUUGAAAAAAAGUUUAGAAGAUAUUCUUAAAGUAAAUUUUUAUAGUGUUAAUUUUGUAAUAAUUUAUGUUUUACUAUAUUACAGAGCUAACUGACCAGAAUAGUUUCAGAAACAAUAUGAAACUUAGGAAAGUUGAAGCAGUGUUUAUAUUUUUAAAAUGUUCUUUGAAUUAUGUUUUUAUUGUACAUUUCUUCAGACUGAAAAGUAUGUACAUAUCUUUGUUAUUUUUGCACAAUUUUUGUCUCGUUCGGUUUUCGAAGUCCGUUGUUUUUUCCUAAUUUAUUUUGAGUUGUAAAACUUGCAGGAGUAGAAACAAAAGAAAAAAGUCUCAGCAACAAAACAACCCUCUGAUUUAUAAACUCUUACACUCAAAGAGGGAAAAAAUACAGGUUGAGAGAUUAAGUGGCUGCUUCUGAGAAAUAAUGUCUCGACGGGGACUAAAGGAGCAAUUCAUGGGUUAAACAUGUGCGCUCCCUACAUCUUGAAUUGCAAGCUGGAAUAAAAGACUCCUCCACCGAAUGUUGCUUACUUGGUGCAAGACUGCCUCUGACCAGGGUGAGGACGUUUCUGGAAAAUAGCAAAAAGGGAAAACCCACAGUGUCUCUUCCUUUACCAUCAACCACAGGUUUAGAAAUAUGACGUAUUGCAAACUCACAGCUUGAAAAAUGAACGCCAAUCAAAGGUUUUCUUUGGGUUUGUUUUCGCGGAGUCCGACUGGACCAGCCUGUAAAGCGUUUUUAGGGUGAUGCCCUUUGGGUUCUUCUGUCCCGCACAGCCUGCUCAGCCCUCUCUCCCAGCCCCUUGACUGCACACACCCCCAUUUGCCUGAAGAUCUCGUGACUUGUCGCCAGCCGGAGAGGCUCGAAAGCCCUGGUGGUUCAGCAUCACGCAAUGUGUAGACCUGUCAGCCAUAAAAAAGCGACCUGGAUAACUUGUAUGCCUUCUUUUGUAUCAAUGUACCAAUUGUAAAUAACGCUGAUCAACCUUUGUAGAGAAUAGUUUAUACAGCAUAUUCUAUUAUUGCUGAUUCUCAGUGAACUCUCGUUUUAAAAAAAGGAAAAAAAGAAAUUUUCUAUUUACACCUUAUAUUUUGUUAUGCUGUUGGCCCAUGGCACUUUAAGAAAAACUCGGUGGGUUUGACGUAGCUGGUCGGUCAUGGGGUAUAUUAAAUAACUGUUGUUGCACAGACGAGAAUUUGCACCUGUUCAUUUGUCCUUUCUACUACCAAUUUUAGAACCUUUUCCAGAAGAAUUUUGAAGAAAGCAUGUCCAAACAUUCGAAACAAACAACCACACUUGUGGAGUGGGUUUCUUUUCUAUGAUCCAUAUUUUGUAACACUAAGUAUUUCCCUUUGUCCGGCACCUUUAUGUGUUAGCACUAUCAGAUAGAAUUCAUUCCAUGCCUGUGAUAUUGUAAGCAGAAUCAAUGUCUCAAGUGGGUGUAAAUAGUAAAUUCUAUGGCUUACAGUUUUAAAGAGGAAAGAACAAACAUGUCUAUCGAUACUGCCGUGGUUCAGCACCAGGCCUGGAGACAUUCUCUGGUGAGCGAUUGUAUUUUUUUUUUUUUUCCUUU